AUGGCGACAACAGAGUUAUACUCUAAGGGUGCGUGUGUGUGGGUGCCAGACCCAGAGAGUGUGUGGGUGUCCGCUCGGCUCCUCCGAGACUUCAGCCAGGGGGACCAGCAGCUUCAGCUGCAGCUUGGGGAUGGCAGGGAGGUGUCCUACCCAGUGGAAGGCCCAUCUGGGCUGCCUCCUCUGGGUAACCCUGACAUCCUGGAGGGGGAGAAUGACCUGACGGCCCUCACCUUCCUCCACGAACCUGCCGUCCUGCACAACCUCCGUGUACGCUUUCUGGAUUACAGUAGCAUCUACACUUACUGCGGAAUUGUGUUGGUGGCCAUAAACCCGUAUGAGCAGUUGCCCAUCUAUGGAGAGGAGGUGAUUGAUGCCUACAGUGGGCAGGAUAUGGCUGACAUGGAGCCCCAUAUAUUCUCUGUGGCUGAAGAUGCCUACCGCACCAUGACCAGGGAGGAGAAGAACCAGUCCAUUAUCAUCAGUGGUGAGUCUGGCUCGGGCAAGACGGUGUCUGCCAAGUUCACCAUGCGCUACUUUGCUGUGGUGGGGGGAGCUGCCCAGCAGACCAGCGUGGAGGAGAGAGUACUGGCCUCCAACCCCAUCAUGGAGUCUAUUGGGAAUGCCAAAACAACACGGAAUGACAACAGCAGCCGCUUCGGGAAGUACAUCGAGAUCGGAUUUGGACGCCGUGGUGACAUCAUCGGUGCCAACAUGAGAACAUACCUACUGGAGAAAUCCAGAGUUGUCUUCCAGGCUGCUAUGGAGAGGAACUACCAUAUAUUCUACCAGCUCUGUGCUUCCAAGGAUCUGCCAGAGAUGAGAGCACUCAAACUGGACUCAGCAGAAUGCUUCAGAUACACCAACCAAGGCAAGGAGAUGGAGAUUCCUGGCACAGAUGAUGUUGUGGAGUUGGAGAAGACACGUAAUGCCUUCACCGUCUUGGGUGUGCAGUCGGACACCCAGAUGGAACUGUUCCGCAUCCUGGCAGCCAUCUUGCACCUGGGCAACGUCCACAUCCAGGCCAGCGGCCGAGGCGGCGAGCGCAGCUACAUUGAUACGGAGGACCGCUCGCUGGCGCUGUUUGCCAAGCUGCUGGGCGUGGAGGGCUCCCAGAUGGCCCACUGGCUGUGCCAUCGGCGCCUGGCGGUAGGCGGGGAGAUGCUGGUGAAGCCCAUGGCUGGGCAGCAGGCGGUGGAGGCUCGGGACGCGCUGGCCAAACACAUCUACGGCCAGCUCUUCAGCUGGACCGUGCAGAGGCUCAACGCCGCCCUGCGCAGCCAGAGGGAGAAGCCCAAGUCCUUCAUCGGGGUGCUGGACAUCUAUGGGUUUGAAACUUUUGACAGAAACAGCUUUGAGCAGUUCUGCAUUAACUACGCCAAUGAGAAGCUACAGCAGCAGUUUAACAGACACGUGUUCCACCUGGAGCAGGAGGAGUAUGUGAGGGAGGAGUUGCCGUGGAGCCGUAUUGAGUUCAGCGAUAACCAGCCCUGCAUCGACCUGAUCGAGGGCUCACUCGGCCUGCUGGACCUGCUGGAUGAGGAGUGCAGGAUGCCCAAGGGUUCUGAGGAGAGCUGGGCCAGGAAGCUGUAUGACCAGCACACCACCCGCAGCGCUCACUUCCGCAAGCCGCGCAUGUCAAACACCGCCUUCAUCAUCCUACACUUCGCUGACACAGUUCAAUAUGAAUGCGAUGGAUUUUUAGACAAGAACCGUGACACUGUGUUUGAAGAGCCCAUCAACAUCAUGAAGGCAAGCCAGUCUGAGCUUGUGGCUGAGCUGUUCCAGCAGGAUUCAGCAGGGGGUGCUGCUGCGCUGUCGGUGCCCAAUGGUGCCAUCCGCUCUGGCAAGAGAGCCCAUCGGGAACACAAGCUGACAGUGGGAUUUCAGUUUCGGCAGUCGCUUCAGCUUCUAAUGGACACUCUGAACAGCACCACUCCUCACUAUGUACGCUGUAUUAAACCCAAUGACCUCAAAGAGCCAUUUGUUUUUGACCCCAAGAGGGCGGUUCAGCAGCUGCGUGCCUGUGGGGUGCUGGAGACCAUCCGCAUCAGUGCAGCAGGAUACCCAUCCAGGUGGACCUACGAGGAGUUCUUCAACCGCUACCGGGUGCUGCUGCGCGGCUCCCUGAGCGGCGCCGGCGAGGUCCGUGCCGCCUGCCAGCGGGCCCUGUCCGAGCUCAUCCCCGACCCGGAGCAGUACUGCUUCGGUCGCACCAAGGUGUUCUUCCGGGCGGGCCAGGUGGCGGUGCUUGAGAAGCUAAGGGGGGAGAGGCUCCACGCGGCCGGCGUGGUCAUCCAGAGCUGGGUCAGGGGCUGGCUGGGUAGGCUCCGCUACCUCCGCCUGCGCUGGGCCACCUUUACCCUGCAGAGAUAUGCCCGCGGAGGACUGGCUAGAAGACAGGCUCAGAGGUUGCGCUACACACGAGCAGCGCUGGUCAUCCAGAAGACGUACCGCAUGGUGACGGUGCGGCAGCUCUUCCUGGUGAUCCGAGAGGCCACCAUCACCAUCCAGGCCUACGCCAGGGGCCUAUUGGUGCGCAAGAACUACCGCAAGCUGCUGGAGGAGCGCGCGGCAGUGUGUGUGCAGGCCUGGGUGCGCGGCUGGCUGCAGCAGCGGGCGUACGGGCGCGUGCGGGCCGCCGUGGUGCUGAUGCAGUGCUGCAUGCGCCGGCGGAUGGCCCGCAGGGAGCUGCAGAAACUGAGGGCAGAGGCCCGCUCCGUGGAGAAGUUCCGAGAGCUCAACAAGGGCAUGGAGGUCAAGCUGAUGCAGCUGCAGCUCCGUGCUGACCAGCAGACGCGGGAGAGCGUGAGCCUGAGAGACACUCUGCAGUCGGAGCGCGAGGCCCACCGUGUUGAGCUGGAGCAGCUGCGCUCGUCUCUGCGGCGCAUGGAGACCCAGCUGCAGGAGCAGCCUCAGAGGACACGCAAGACCUCCGAGAGGGAGGAGGAGGAGAGAAGGAAGAAGGACGAGAAGACGGCCAACGACAUCCUCCAGCUCACACAGGAGAUUGAUGCCCUGAAGACUGAGAGAGAUGGCCUGCUGAAGGAUAAGGAGGAACUCUCCACACGACUGGAGGAGCAGGAGAGAGAACAGGCAGACUGUAUGCAGCGUGCGGUGUCCCAGGCUGGGGCGGAUGUUCAGGCGGAGCUGGAGGAGGAGAGGAGGCGCUACCAGGGCCUGCUGAGGGAGUUCACCCGGCUGGAGCAGCGCUACGACAACCUGCGGGACAUGAGCCUCCUCAGCGAGCGUCCGAGGGGCCACAGGAGGACCGACUCCACCCAGAGCAUCUCGCUGGAGCCUCCUCCUCCUCCGUCCCUCUCCCCCGUCACCUCCUCCUUCUCCGGCUCGCCAGCCUUCCCCUCCUCCCCUGAGGAGGUGCGGAGGGUCAGCGUGACCUCGCCCACCCCCACCCCACUCAUCCACAUCCCAUCCCACACACACACACCUCCACCCACCCCCAGCUGGAGACCCCUCAGCCCGGACGCGGGCUCCCUGAGUGCGCUGAUGGAGGAGGUGGGUGUGGCCAAGGAUGCGGGUGAUAAGAUGCGUGGCGAGGACCUCAAGCACGCCUAUGAUGCAGUGCGCGUAGCCAACAAGCUGCUGGAGGAGCAGGUGAUGGGCCAGCGGUGGCAGUGGGAGAGGGAGCAGGCAGCCCUGAGGGAGCAGCUGGAGGGCCUGCAGAGGACCAGAGCCGCCCCGGGGGACACCACCAGCCACCAGCUGCAGGAGCUGCAGGAGCAGGUGGAGGUGCGUGAGCUGGAGUGCUGUCGCCUGAGGAAGGAGCUGGCAGAUCUGAGGGGAGUGGCAGCUCUCAGGAGAGUCCUCUCUUUCACAGGUCCCAGUGUGAGCUCUUCAGCAAGUGUGAAUGUAAGCCGUAGCACCUCUCUGAGGAGGGUAGGGAGUAGUGCAAACCUGCUGGAGUGCAGGAAGAGGGACGAGGCUAAGCUUAUCAAGAACCUCAUUACGGAUGUGCGUGUGGAGACGGCCCUGUCCCUGCCGCUGGGUCUGCCUGCGCGGCUGCUGUUCCUGUGUGUUCAGCAGGCCGACGGCAGUGGAGACCAGAGCAGGGCUCACUCCCUCUGCACCGCGGCCAUCGCCGGCAUCAAGACCGCACUCAAGAAGCACAGUCAGGAUCUGGACAUGACAGCACUGUGGCUGAAGAACACCUGCCUACUGGCAGACCUGCUGAGCCAGCACUCAGCCAAACAGGCCAGUGCUGAUGGUGAGGAGCUGGUGCGCCUGGCGUCUGACUACAGCGAGGCCAGUCGAGCCCUGAGUGACCUGCGCAUACAGGCCUACCAGCAGUUGCUGGCCAUCACCGAGGGCCGCCUACACCCCAUUAUCGUCCCAGCCAUGCUGGAGAGCGAGACCAUCCCAGGCCUGUCCGGCGCCACCAAGCCAUUGGUCAGCUCCCGUAAGCGGGCCGGCUCGGACCCGCGGGCCAUGGGAGCGGUGGGUGCCGGUGGAGGGCCCGAGGCGGCGGUGGCGAGCAUGGCCGCGGUGCUGCGAGAGCUGGGGCUGCUGCACGCAGCGUUGGCCCGCCAGGAGCUGCCACUGGCCCUUCAGGAGCAGGCCCUCCGCCAGCUCACCUACCUCAUGGUGGCCACCGCCCUCAACAGCCUGCUGCUGCGCAAGGACAUGUGCUGCUGGAACAGGGGCCUGCAGAUACGGUACAAUGUGAGCCUGCUGGAGGAGUGGCUGCGAGGCCAUGGUCUGCAGGCAGGGGGAGCUGUUGCCACACUGGAGCCCCUCAUCCAGGCGGCCCAGCUCCUGCAGAUGAGUAAGAAGUCCGACUUGGACGCCUCGGCUAUGGUCCAGACUUGCAACGUGCUGACGACUCAACAGAUCAUCAAGAUAUUAACGCUCUACAGCCCACAGAGUGAUGCGGAGGAGAGGGUCACACUGAAUUUCAUUCGCAUUGUACAGGGUCUGCUGAAGGAGCGCUCUGAGGGCCAAGCUCCCCAGCUGCUGCUGGAUGCCCACAGGGUGUUCCCCGUCACCUUCCCCCACCAGCCGGCCUCGUCCCUGGGCCUUGGCCAGCCCCCAGAGCCCCUGGCCAUCCCUGAGGCCCUCAAGCUCUCCUUCCUCCGCAGAGCCUGAGUCACCACCACCACCUGCGAUGA